AUGACGACAGAAGUGUUCAGAAGGGUUUGCGUCUUGUAUACCGGUGGCACCAUCGGCAUGGGCUACAACGCAGACGGUCUACUGGAGCCAAUGAGGUUGAAACAUCUGGAGGAGUUUUUGAUUAAAAUGACCAUUCUGUAUGAAAAGAAACCCAAUGAGACAGAAGAGCAGGCCAGAGCACGCAUAGUGUCUAAGGAUGGUUGGAUAUUCCUGCCUCAAAAGGCGGUAGAUGACUAUCCGUCUGUGGAUGAGAAGACGAAAUAUCAUGUUCUCUACAAGAUCAAGGCUGUGGAACCUCCGAUCGACUCGUCUAAAAUGGUGCCGGAAAAAUGGUUCGAGAUAGCAGAUCGAAUUCGGGCGGUCAAAGAGCAAUACGAUGGUUUUGUUAUUCUUCAUGGAACAGACACGAUGGCAUACACUUCAUCUGCUCUGUCAUUCAUUCUGAAGGACCUGAAAAAACCUGUCAUUCUCACCGGAGCGCAGAGGAGUAUAUUCCACCCUCGCAGCGAUGCUGAGGAUAACUUUAUUGGUGCAAUGCUGAUUGCUGGCUGUUAUUCCAAAACUGCAGCGCUGCAGAAGGUGAUGCUUUGCAAUGACUGCAAGCUCUUCCAAGGUAAUCGAGUGUGCAAGUUUGACUGUGACUCCUUCAGAGUAUUUGACAGUCCCAACAUGAAACCGCUGGCCUACCUGGACACCAUUAUCAAAGUGCGUGACUGUAAGUCCGACCCAGUGGAAGAGACCAUUUUUGUCAACAGACAGGAGACUGCAAGGGAUGGAGGUCUACCUGAUGUGAGACUUCUGCGAUUUUUCCCUGGAAUCCAGGAAAAAUACGUGAGGAGUGUGUUGGAGGGGGCAGAUGGUGUCGUCCUGGAAACGUUCGGCUCAGGCAACGCUCCAGAACAUGAUUGGCUGAAGAAAGCUCUGAUUGAGGCUGGACGCAGAAAGGUGGUGAUGCUCAACUGUACUCAAGUCUACAGGGGAACUGUUCUACCCAUUUAUGCUGCGUCUGAGGCAGGUGUGGUGUUUGGCUACGACAUCACUCCAGAAGCAGCAAUGACCAAAAUGAUUUGGACUCUCAAGACAUUCCCUGACUUUGAAACGAGACGCCAGGUGCUGGAGGCAAGUAUCUGUGGGGAGUCCAGUGCUCCUCCAAAACAGAUAAAGUUCAUCCAAAAGAUUUUAACUCAAGAGCUGUACUAG